UAAAAAUUAUGCUCAUUAAAACGGCCAAAUGCUUAGUUUGUGGAGCUAGAAAUGCCAAACAACAUUAUGGUAGUUGGUGUUGUAAUGGGUGUAAAGGCUUCUUCUGGCGUACAAUUUCGUGCCGUCGAAAUUAUAUUUGUUUAAAUGUUAACAACAAUUCUGUUUUUGUUAAAUGUGAAAUUGAACAUGGUCGUCGAAAUAGUUGUAGAGCCUGUCGCCUUGAGCGAUGCUUGAAAGUUGGGAUGGAUCCAAAUUUGAUUAGAGACAGCUGGGGGAAAAGUACAGCUUUGCGUUCUCGAGAUGAAAAUUGGGAUGGGACUGGUCCAAGUCAGCGAGCUUUUACAUUACCCGAGACUGAAAUUAAAAAAGCUAGAAGAAUGGAAAAGAGGCAAAGAAAAUCUGAAAUUAAAGAAUCUGAAGGAUUGGCACCUAAAAACGAGCCUGUUGGAAUUUCAAUGAUUCCGAGAAAUACAGAGGAAACCAAUUCUGGAUUGCCCAGCCAAGGACGAGUUAAAUUACUCAGUGAUUAUCUUGAAUGGAUACAAUCUUUGCAUGAAUUGGAAUUGUUUAAUGAACAGGAGAAGAAUUUCAUAGUUAUGGGCCGUUCAAGACCUUCUGGAUGGUUAUUAUUGGCCAGUCAAUUAUUAUUCCCAACAGAACAAAAACAAGAAUCUCCUCCAAUAUCUUUACUUUUGCUAAGUCCUUCCAAAAUGGAGGUUCUAAAAACUGAAAUUGUUAAUCCAAUUCGGGAAUUGAAUGUCAGCCGAUUGGAAUUUGAAUUGCUUAGAUUGAUUUGCUUUUUUAGUCCAGUUCCACAAUUGAGCGCGGAAAGUAAAAAAAUUGUGCAAGCCAUUCAAAACAGUUAUUCAAGCUCUCUAAGUCAAUAUUCUCUCAGAAAUUCCAUUUCUUCCUUAAUUAUGCCAAUCUCAUCCAAUUCUGACCCUUUUGCUGGGGCAAUGUCCAGAAUAACUCGAAUUGUUCAUUUAUUGUCAGUCGUUGAGAGAAUUUCAUAUCAAUAUGAGUGA